AAUCAAAUAAAUAAAAAAAAAAAAAAACAAAACAAAUAAUAAAAUUACUUAAAAAAAAAAUAAUAUUUUACAAAAAAAAAUAUCAAAAUAAAUAACACCAAAUAAAAUUGUUUAGUGUUUGUAAACAAACACAAAAACAUCAACAACUUCAAAAACAAAACAAACAAAAAUUAAAACAUUUCUUCAAAAAAAAAAAGCAUACAAAAAAAAUAAUCUUAUGAUUUCUUCAAAGAAACAACCUUCAACCACAAAAACAUCAAGAAAUGAUUCACAAUGAGAGACUUUAGUAAGAAGCUUACUAAACCCAAUGAAAUGGAUAUGAAGAAAAUACCAAAACCACGGUACUACAAACUUUAAUUUGAAAUAAUUAAUUGCGAAAAAAUAAAACAAAUAGAGAGAACAAUAACAAUGAAACAAGUGCAUAAUUAUCAAACAUAAAAAAAAAAAAAAUAGUGGCCUAAAAGUGCAACCUUAUAGGUAGCACAUUAAUUUUUUUUUCAAUUUUGUUUCUAUGUGAAUACAAGGGUUUACCUCAAAAACCACUACCAUCCCAUUACCACAACCGCCCCUUUGUUGUUAUGUGGGUGUGGGUUGGCGUGCUUAAUUUUGGAAAACAAAAGAAAAAAACAAAAAUGAUUUUUUGUAAACUCUGACCAAACUUUAUUUCUAUUCCGAAAGGAAGUUAAACAAAACAACUAUAACAACAGAAAAAAAAAAGAAAAAAAUCCUUACACAUCACAAAAAAAUAACAAAAGCAAAAAUAAACAAAAAGAAAAAAAAAAAUAAAAGAAUGGAGAGAAAUUUUAUAUUUUGUUCGUGUAUUUCUCCCUUACUUCUUUGAAUUCCUAACACACAACCUAAAAACACAAAAACUUCAAUAAAAUUUGCAAAAAAAAGGAUACAAAUCAAAUUAGUUUCUUUUUCAAGAACAAGGACAUUUUUGUUGCACACAAAAAAAAUUAAUUUUUCAAGAAGCUUAUUUAACCGUUAUUUGUGUGGUGUGUGUGGUGUUUUGACUGACGACAGAAACACUCCUCCUUCAUGCAGCUGGAACUACAUAUAGAUCGUAUAUUUUUUGUUUUGUUUUUCACGCAUAAAUGCACACCACAGGUAGUAGGUUGAUAGAAAAACAGCAAUAAUAAUCAACAGACAAAAUGGAGGACUACGACCGCCGGGAACGUAGAGAACGAGAUAAGUUGGCUCGCCAACAAGUUCAACACUCCGAUCGGCAGCAAGGACUCUUUCGGGAACCGAUUAGGGUUGAUCCAUCUGAAGGUGAUCAUAUAAUCACAAGUAAAUUGGGUGAUUUUUCAAUGGCCAAGCCAUUGAUUGAACAAAAAGGUUUUAUUGGAAUAACAUCUGGCCGAAGGCCGCCUCCAAUGCAACCACCGCCACCUCAACCAAUGCCACCACAAUCGAGUAGCAGUAAUAACAAUCGCCUGCCACUACCACCGCCCUCACAUAGCUAUCAACAGCAGCAACAACAACAACAAACGCAUCCACCGCAAUCGCGUUUGCCAUAUAUGAAACAAGCUGAUAACAAACCACCUUACAAUGGUCGUGGUGGCUAUCCUGGUCAGCCGGUUAAAAAUGAUAUUCGAUCGAGUAGCGGUAUGGCCCCACCUAGAGGACCACCACCACAAUCUUCAUCUUCCUCCUCGUCGUCGUCUUCUUCGUUGUCAUCAUCUAAUCUCUUACCACCACCAGCUACUUCGAUAAUGCCGAAUGGUAGACAAGGUGGUAGUAGUAGUAGUAAAAUGGGACAUCAUUCGUCAUCAUUACACAAUGGCCAUUUCUCACAGCCAUCGAUACCAAAUAUGCACAAGAUAACCCAAGAAAAGGAUAUCAAUUCGAUACUUAGCGAAAUGAUGACUUCGGUGACGCCACACACGGAAAUUAGUGCAACGCCGAGAAUACAAAUUGAAAAUUACGAUUUGAAUGGACCGAAUAGGCACAAGUAUUCUUUGGCUCCGCCGAUGCCUAAACCGCCAAAGGAAUCACCGAUUAAACCCAAAGAAAAAAUUUCGGUGCCAAAUUCAACAAUCCUGGACCAUGAUUUGGAACUUUCAGAGAGUGACGAUGAACGUAAAAAACAGACUUCUGUUGACCAGACCUCUGCAAAUUCUAGUGAAAGCUCUGAAACCAAUUCUAGUGAAUCGGGUAGCGAAGAAUCGAAUGGUACCAAAGUUGAACCAGCCCCACCGCCACCGCCUCCUUCGAAUCAGUACAAUUGGAAUUUAAGUCGUUUCUUUAAUAAACAACAAGCAGCGACACAGGCACAAAAUGAUGCAUCACCGCAUAGUGGUGGCGUUGGAGGUGUUGUUGGAGGUGUAAUGCCAACAACGCAUCAGAUUCCUGAGCCGAGUAUCAAAAAUGAACCAUCAAUGCCAGUCGAUGAUGAUCAUUUGGGAUCGGCAUCGAUAUCACCAUUGCGAGAGCCACCGAUUUUGGCCCAUCAUAUAGCACAGCAACCAUUGUCGCCGAUUAUGAAUCAUCAUCUGCCUGCCAUUGGUGAAAUAAAAAAGGAGAGUGAUUCAUUAUUUUCGAUGCCAGGUAGUAAAUUGCUUCCAUCAGCGACGACGACGGCGGCAGUUGUUGAUGAAUUUGUGACAAUCCAACCGGGACAAAUAAAGAAUGAAUCAUUCGAAAAGAGUCCCUCAUCGAGUCCUAUUCAAGAUGAGAAGCAGUUAUAUGCCGUGGAGUCGGAUCAAUCGUCGGCGAUAUUUGAAGCUGCCGCUGAAUAUGAAGGCAUCAAACCGUUAUCGGGACUGAGUGAUAGCAGUAGUUGUGAAACGGUUCCGGAAGCGGAAAAAGUGAUGGUGCCGCCUGUUUUGGCUCCUCCAUCACCACUGCCGCCUGUUAUUCCAGCACCGGUUAUUGUUCCGGUGGUGCCAAAGCCCUCACCAAAGUUGAAAAACUCUUCCCCUCCCACUGCCGGUAAAAAGAGGCGGAAAAGACUGCCCAAAGAUAAAAAGCAAUCUGGCAUGGAUUGCUCGAGCGAUGAAGAAGACGGCGAAUACUCAAAUAUUGUAUCGCCAGCCAAAUCUGCCGGUGAUGGGCCCGAAAAGAAAGGUCGUGGUCGACCGAGAAAAAAUACUCCUAGUGGUAAUAUCAGUUCGGCGUCCUCUACCAAAGGUCCCACGCUGACAGCCAAAAAGGAAGUUGGACAAGGUGCUAUCAAAAAGACCACAGCCAGAAGACGAAUGUCUCGACAGAAUUCUGUACAAAAACUUAAUAUCAAAAGUCGAGAGACCAUCGAUACCUCCGAUCCAAGUUCGUCAGAUGACGAAGAUAAGGGCGGUGGUGGUGGUGCAGGUGGUGGUGGCAACAGCAGCUCUGGCAUAAGUGGCAAAGGCAGCAGCAGCCGAGGUCGGGUGCUUCCAACAAAAGCAGCGAAAAAGGCAAAUGUGAUGCCUGUGAUGUCAGCGGCAGCAAGUCGACCUGUAGCAAUAAUACCACCAGUGUUGAAACACGAUGUGGUUGUGCCUGUAGCUCCGGUGCUCUCAAAUCGAAGAAUAGUAAAGCAAAUAAAUAAACGAGCACCAGUGGAGAAAUCAUCAUCGGACGAAGAUGAUGAUGACAAGAGUGAUGGGAAAAGUGACGACGAUGAUAAGGACUCAUCAUCGACCACUUCAUCAUCAUCAGAUACUUCCAUUGAUGAUCGAUUAUCACCAACACGUAUUGCAAAUGAAAAUACAACACACAGCAUGGGUGCUUCUGGACCAGGUGGCAGUAAUAGUUCUCACCGGCAUCAAUACUCACCAAUUAAAAAGCCAUCCAGCAAGAGUAAAGUUUCAUUGUCCUCAUGCAGCGAUGAUCAUUCCGACAGCGAAAGUGAAAAAUCAAGAAGAGAUAAGAAAAUCCGUGAUAAAACAAAAAGUGAUAAAAACAAAAGUGAUACCUUAAGAAAACUCUUCAAUUUGAAAGAUGGCGGAGCCAAAAACAAAGGCCAAGUCCUCAUUGUUGAUCAAUCGGAAGAAUUACAAAAUCAAGCCAAGGAACAACAGCUCCACCAUCACCAACAACAACAACAACAGCAGCAACAACAACCAAUGUUGCAUACAGCAACAACACCAAAUGCAGCAAUAAUACCAUCAGCAGCUGCUGCACAAGCAAUUACACCAAUAACACCAACAGCAAAUACAACAACUACAACUCAUCAUCAUGAGAAACUCUUAUCACCAAUAGCCUUUAAAAGUAAUAUUAGUAAUAGUACUGAAAACCUUAUACAGCAGCAAUCAAUUCUAAAUUAUAACACAAAUAAUAAUAACAAUAAUGGAAGCAACAACAACAACAACAGCAGCAACAGUCAUAUUCUUAAUAAUUCUAGUUCUUUAUUAAAUAAUAAUAAUAAUUCUAAUCACAGUAACAAUAGCAAUACAAUACCAUCAUCAUCGCAGAUGGUAGAACAACCGCGUUUAAAAUCACCCAGGAUAAUGACCCCCACUCAAGCAAUGACACCGGGAUCAGGGGGAUCAGGAAUCCUAGCAAAGACACCUGAUCGCAGUUCGGUAGAGAGAAAAAUGAGCACGAGAAUCACAACACCAACACGAACGCCCACGCGAACACCAACUCGAACGCCGACACGCACUCCAACGCCUACAACGCAACUCGCCACUAUCACCUCGCCGCAUUUAUCUCCAGCAGGUGUUGUAUAUGGUCCUCCAGUAAUUCCACAUCACACGCUGAUAUGCAAAAUUGAUUUGGCUCGUUUGCCGCGCUACAAUCCCGAAUGGAAGAAGAACCCCUACCGAUUGUAUGGACUGAGUCCUCGCAUUAGUAGUCCUGUAGCAGGCGAUGCUAUACUAGCCGCUGACCUGGCAGCCAGCAAUCGACAAAAGUCAGCAUCGAGAAGUGGUUCCUCAACGCCGACGGCUCUAUUGGGUUCAGGAGCAACAGUAACAGGAGUUCUUUCGGGAUCAAAAAGCGCCUCAAAUGGUGGACUAUUUGAAAAUGAGAAGCCUAUUGAUGUAUCUGCAGAUCGCGGUGGUGGUGGAACACCACCAAAGCCUGGUGACUACUCUGAAAAACUUCUGCAUCAUCCAAAUAACGGUUAUGUUGUAGGACGGGUGCCUCCAACGACAACCGCAACUACAACAACUGGUGACAUCAAGCACGAAAACAUCAAGUACGAGCAGGACGAGUACAAUGCAAAGUACAAUCUAAAGCUUGCCGGUGUCAAGCAGGAGCAACAAAUCAAAAAUGAAUUUAAGCCUGGCAAUGGGAGUGUCCUUGCCACUGGAAAUGGUGCUGACGAUGCAUUGAUGAUUGGUGCCUCGGCCAAUUCGGCAAUGGAAGAGAAACAACGACCGAUAUCGCCUUCUUCAUUGAGCAAUAGCAGUAGCAAAGAUGAGUAUAUUUCUGGUGCCAGUAAACCACGCAGGAAACGUAGUUCCAGUUCGAGUUCUAGUCCCUUUAAGGAAAAGAAACGAAAGAAGGAUAAAGAUAUGGCACAGAAGGAUAUGCUCGAACAACUUCCACCAACCAAUCACGAUCGGUUAAUGGAAAAACCUGCAUCCGCAUCUGCACCUUCUUCAUACAGCUUACCUCCCUUACAACAACAACAAUUAUUACUACCACCAGCAGUGACGUCACCAACGACGACAUCAACAGUGGCACCUCCACCUGCCCUAUUUCCGCCUCUCCAAAAUAACACAAAUGUCCCGCCAUUAUUACCACCCCAACAGCCAACAGCAACGGCAGGUGCGGUCAAGGUUUAUCGAUCAUACUUUGAGCGCAAUGAUGAUGUUAUGGGAGAAGGUCAUUGUGAUGCCAAACUUCUUGAUGAAGCUGUCCGGAGGAAACAUGCCGCCGACAGGGAAACCAACUCUUUCGAUCAAGUUACAUUGUAUCUUGAAGCGGCGUUAUACUUUCUCUUAUCCGGUGCCGAAAUGGAACAGGAUAAACGUACAGAGAAGGCUGCCUGGACCAUGUACAAGGAUACUCUAGCCUUAAUUAAAUUUAUUUCGACUAAAAUUCGAAGUCAGCAAACUGCGCCUAAUGGUCAAGCUGACAACCAUAAUAAAGUUGCAAUAUUAAGCCUUCGAUGCCAAUCUUUGAUCUCGCUAAAGCUUUACAAAAUGAAACGUAUCGAUUGUUGUGAAGUGCUUAAAAUAAGCAAUGAUUUCUUUGCCAAAGGUAGUACGGAAAUUGUUAAUGGAAAUACACCAUCAUCAAUAUCACCUACAAAUUCAGUGUGCUCACAGGGUUCUGGAUCAAAUACACCACCAGCUCAAAUGGUACCAUUGAAUGUGCAUAUCGCUCUUCAAAAGCAAACACAAUUUUUCAACUAUUUCAUAAGCUGUCACGAUUUAUGGGACCAGGCAGAUAUGUUGGUUAAAAAAGGAAAUCAUACUGAUUUCUUUAUUGCUCUCGACCACGAUUAUGGUCCCUUAACUUUACACAGCACAAUUUAUGACGUUUUUAAGUACGUCCAAGCUGGACUGAAAAAACUUAAAGAGAUGAAGGUUGAACCCGUCAAAUAUAAUUAGUUAAAAACUAUAUAACAACAAAAUGAAACAAAAAAAUUAAUAAACAAUUAGUUUAGCUGUGU